GUCGUCAAGGAGCACCUGCCUAAGGAUGGCCUUUGCGUGGUCUUCGUGGAGACGAAACGCGGGGCUGACUCCCUGGAGAUAGAGCUGCACAAGAAUGGCAUCAGCGUCGCGGCAAUCCACGGCGACCGAAGCCAGAUACAGCGAGAGGAGGCGCUUGCUGCCUUCAAGACAGGGGCCAAUCCGAUCCUCGUGGCCACGGAUGUGGCUGCGCGUGGUUUGGACAUUCCAAACGUGUCGUUGGUGGUGAACUUCGACAUGCCAAAACAGCUGGACGAUUACGUUCAUCGAAUUGGGCGCACCGGGCGUGCCGGUCGCAAGGGUACGGCCGUGGCUUUCGUGAACGAAAGGUGCGCAUACCUCCACGACCUGUACGACAUUUUGAUCGAGGCCAAGCAGGACACUCCCAUCUGGUUCGAGGAGAUGGUGAG